UGUUGGUGGUGGUAGUGGUAGUUUGAAAUAUUACACCCUUAAGGGACAUUCAGUAGAGAAUCGUCAUUGCUCGUGUACGCAACAAAAGUACGUGAUUGUUUUUCGUAAUGUUGUUUGAAAAAUAACGAGCCUUGAGAAUCAAUUGGCCAUCUCAAUAUCAUCAUCACCAUCAUUAGACUAUCAGCAUCUUUACACAAAUCAUUCAUCAAAACAAAUUGACCAUCAAAAAAAAUAGACAAAAAAUUAAAUCAACACAAUAAUGCCAAGGGCUUUACCAAAAACACCACUACACUUGAUAAGAUCACAAAUGAAAAGACGUCGGCCACCGUUUCUCAGAGGCUCGAAACAAUUCGAGCCAAGAGUAAUUGGAGUAAGAAUGACAGAACCAUCAACAAGUCAUCAUGAUAAUACAGGUAUUGAUAAUCAAUUAGAUAGUGGUGGUGAUGAUGAUGAUGUAUCAUCAGAUUUAUUAGUACGUCAAAAUAUGGAAUUACGUAAUCGUUUAAAAGAUGAAGCUGAAAAUUAUAAACGUCGUUUGGGUACAUAUCGUCAAGCACAACAACAUCAAGCUGUUCUUGUAUCACGUUUACAAGCAAAAGUAUUACAAUAUAAACAACGUUGUAAUGAAUUAGAAAAUCAAAUGACUGAAUCAUUACCAAUUGAAUUAACACGUAAUACAUCACCAAGUACAUCAGUAUUAGAAGCUGCACAUCAAACAUUACGUGAUAUACGUGAUGAACAAAUACAUGAUCUUGAUACAGCAAUACGUAAAUUAAAUGAUGAACGUCGUAAAACUGAAAAAUUAAUUGAAAUAAAUACAGCAUUAAAAAAUCAACUUGAAGAAUCACAUCGUACAAAUGAAUCAUUAACAAAUGAUUUACAAAAACUAAGUAAUGAUUGGGAUAUAUUACGUGAAGAAAUGAAUGCUAAAGAAGAUGAAUGGAAAGAAGAAGAAAUUGCAUUUAAUGAAUAUUAUACAUCUGAACAUUAUAGAUUAUUAAAUUUAUGGCGUAAUGUUGUAUCAUUAAAACGUACAUUUACAGAUAUGAAAACAACAACUGAAAGAGAUUUAAAUAAAUUUAAUAAUAAAUUAACAACAACAACUAAUGAUAUGACAUCAGUAUGUAGUGGUGUUAAACUUGCAUUACAAGUACAACAAUCACAAGCUGUUCAACCAUCAAUAACACAACAAUAUCAAACUAAUCAAGAUAAUGAUUUAAAAGUUGAAUUAGUUAAUUUACGACAACAGCAUGAAGUUACAAUGAAUGAUGUUAAAAUGAAAGACGAAAGAAUAAAUCAAUUAAUUCGAGAAAUUAAUAAACUUGAAGAAAGAUGUGGUGAAGCUGAAAAUAAUAUUAUACAGGCUACAAAAAUACAAGAAGAUGUUAAAAUUCUUGAAUCAGCAUUACGAGAUAUUGCACAUGCUGUUAUUCAAGAUGCUGAAAUUCGUGAUAAUGAAAAUAUUCAACAACAAACACCACAUGUACAUUUAUCACAAAGUACAACAAUAAUAUCACAAAGAUCACCAAAACGUAAUAAUAAUAAUUCACGUAAUAAUACAAUUCCAGCAUUUGCUGAAAGUACAAUAAGUGCUGUUCAAGCAUCACUUCAUAAAUAUCAAUUGACUAUUCAUGAGCUUCAAUUAAAGCUACAAAAUAGCCGUGAACAAUUAAAUAUAACAAAAAAACAAUGUGAUAAUGCUGAGGUUAAUGUACAGCUACUUGAAGAAAGAACAAGUGAAUUAAUUGUACAACUUGAUACAACAAGAUCACAAAAUAUACAACUUGUACAAGAACGUAAUAUGUUACAGAAAAAUUUUGAUACAAUUAAAACAGAUAAAAAUAUACUUGAAAAAAAUAAAAUUGAUAUGAAUCAUAUGAUUGAAGAAUUAAAUAAUAAUUAUGAAAAAUUAGAAAAAAUUAAUAAUAAAUUACAAAAAUUAUGCAGUAGUUUAGAGGAUGAAAAAAUAUAUUUACAAGAUGAAUUAUCGAAAAUGACAAAAGACAAUGAAAUACGUGAAAUAAAUUUUAAAAGUGAAGAAGAACGUUCAAGUAGAAUGAGAGAAGAACUAUUAACAUUACGUGAUGAACUUAGUAGAAUAUAUUUAACAAAAGAUAUGCUUGAAGCACAAAAAAUUGAAACAGAUAAUGUUAUAUCACAAAUUGAAAAAAGUAAAAAUGACAUUGAAAUUGAACUUGAACGUGUUAUUAUUGAAAAAUCAGAUAUACAAGAUGAAAUAAUAAAAUUAGAAACAAUUAAUGAAAAUAAUGAAAAAGAUAAACAACGUCUUGCUGAUAAUUUAAAAAUUCUUGAAGAUGAAAAAUUAAAAUUAACAAAUCAAUGUAGUGAUCAACUUGGUGAUAUUGGAUCAUUGAGAAAAGAAUUACUUCAAGCUGAACAAAUACGUCUUGAUCUUGAAUCUGAUAAAGUAACAUUAAAUGAAAAAAUUAAAUUUUUAGAAAUUGAAAAAGAAAAAAUUGAAAUUGAAUUAGGACAAAUAAUACGUGAACGUGGUAAUUUAUCAAAUCAAUUAUCAAUAUUAUCAAAUAAAAAAGAUUUAUUAAAUGAAGAAUUAAUGAGAACACGUCAAAGAUUAGAACAAUCAAAUGAAAUGAAUGCAAGAAUAAAUCGUAAUCUUGAAGAUUUAGUUAAAGAUAAUGAAGAAAAACAAGUUUUAAUUGAAACAAAUGAUAAAGAAUAUCAACGUAUGAAAGAAUUAUUAGCAUCAAUGAAAAGUGAAAAAGAAACACUUGAAGGUGUAUUAUUUGAUGCACAAACAAAUCUUGAAUCAAUACAUAGUAAAAAAAUUCAAAUUGAACAAGAACAAAAAGAUUUAUUAAUUAAACAAGAAACAUUAAAAGGACAAAUAUCACGUUUAACAACAAACUUAAAUAAUAGUGAAAAAAUUAAUCAAGAAAUAAAACAAUCAUUAACACAACAAAAAACAAAUCAAGAAAUUGAAUAUCAAAAUAUAAUUGUUAAUUUAAAAAAACAAAAUGAUGAUAAUUUAAAAAAAUUAAAUGAUGAAAAAGAACAAAUUAAAGUAACAUUAGAAAAACGUAUACAACAAACAAUAACAACAUUUGAAAAUCAAAAAGAAGAUGAAAUAAAUCAAUUACAAAUGAGAAUUGAAGAAUUACAACAACAUAUUGAUAAUAUAUGUCAACAACAUGAAGAAAGUUUAUUACGUGCUGAAAAUGAUAAACAACAAGCUUUACUUAUUGCUCAUCAUGAUCAACAGGCACUUGUUGAAAAACUUGAAAAUAUUUAUCGUGAACUUGAAGAAACUAAAAAUGAUUUAGAACGUUUACGUAGAGAUUCAAAUUCACGUAUUGAACAAGAUCGUAGUAGUAUAAAUCAAUUACGUGAUGAAUUAAAUCGUUACAAAACAAAACUUGAAGAAACAAAAUUACAUUAUGAUGAAGAAAAAAUGAAUCUUGAAUUAAAAAUAAAUGAUAUAACUAAAGAAAAAGAAUUAACACAAAAAGAUUAUGAAGAAAUUAAAAUUCAAUUACAUGUUACUGAGGAUAAAAUUGAUACAUUACAAAAUCAAUUACAAGAAACAAUACGUAAAUUAAAAGAUACUGAAAAUUCAAAUGAAACAUAUAGAAAAGAAAUUGUUGAUGUUAAAAGACAAUUAACUGAUACAAAUUAUGCUGUUGAUAAAUAUUGUAAUACAAAUAAAGAAUUACGUGAACAUGUUAAACGUAUUGAAAGUGAUAAACGUGAACAAUCACGUACACUUGAAGAAUCAUUUCAAAAAAUAACAUCAUUAGAAGAUAAUAAAACAAUAUUAGAAAAUGAAAAAUCACGUUUACAAAAUCAACUAAGAGAUAUGGAACAUGAAUUAAUUCAGAUACAACAACAAUUACGUUUUACACAAGAUGAAUUACAAAAAUGUCAAUCAACAAAUAGCCAAGCUCAAAAUGAAGAACGUGAAUUACAAGCAAGACUUUCUAAUGAAAUUGAAGAACGUGAACGUUUACAAUUACAAUUACAUCAAUUAAAAAAACAAGUUGUUGAUUUAGAUAAUAGUCUUGAGGUAACAAGACAAGAAUUUGGACGUUUACGUCAACGUGCUGAUGAAGAAGAUGAAAGAUGGCGUGGUAGAGAACAAGAAUUACUUGUACGUAUUGAAGAUAGUCGUUGUAAAGAAAGAAAACUUGAAGAUCAAAAACAUAAUUUAGAAGUUUGUCUUGCUGAUGCAUCACAACAAUUACAAGAAUUAAAAGCACGUCUUGGUGGUUCUGAGGGACGUGUUAGAGCAUUAGAUAUACAAUUAUCACAACUUGAAUUAUCAAAAAAAGAAGUUGAACAAAAAUUAAGUAGUGUUGGUACAACAUUACGUAGAAUUGCUGGUAUACAACUUGAUGGAACAGUUAAUAUACCAUUUAAAUUAACAAGUCCAUCAAGAAAAUGGAGUCCAGUUAGAGGUGGUCAUAAAGAACAACAUAAUGAUAUUAAUGUUCGUGAUGUUAUUAUUGAUGUUGAUCCAGAAGCUAUUAGAAAAGGUAUAAGAUCAUUAAUGCAACAAGUUGCACAAAUUGAACGUGAACGUGAUGAUGCUAUUGUUGAAAUAACAAAUAUUAAAAAACAACUUGUUGAAGUACAAGAUCAUCAAAUUAAAACAGAUACAAAAACAAAUCAUAUUAAUACAAUGUUACGUAAUAUUCAAGAUGAAAAAGCAAUAUUAGAAACUAAAUUAUCACAAAAAAAUUCAUUAUAUCAGACACAACAAGAUUUACUUAAUCAAAAAAUACAAGAAACUGAACAAUUAAGAGAAAAAAUAACAACAUUAGAGCUAAUGAUUAGUAAUGAGACAGAAGAAAAAGGACAAUUUGAGGAUAAAUUUGAUAAAAUGCGUGUAGCUCUUAAUCGUUUAGAAAAUGAAAAACGUGGUUUACAAGAAGAUCUUGGUAGAUCUGAUGCAAGAUCAACAAAAUUAGAAUUACAAAGAAUGUCACUUGAGGGUGAUUUACAAAGAUUACAAAUGGUACUACAAGAAAAAGAUGGUAAUUUACAAAAAUUACAUGAACGUCUUGAUGGACAACAACGUACAUCAACAAAUUUAGAAGAACGUUGUUCAUCAUUAAAAUCAACAAUUGAACAAUUAAAUAUUGCACUUGAAAAAGCAUCAACAAGUGAGACUGAAUUAAAAAGUGAAAUUGCUAAUUUAAGACGUUCAUUGAUGGAACAAAAUGCAUUAUCACAUGGUAAUAAUGAAAAAAUAAAACAUUUACAAAAACAAUUAUCAAAUGUUGAAAAUGAAAGAAGAAUAUUGACUGAACGUUUAGAUAAUGUUCAACAAAAUAUAAUGGAAUUAAAACAUACAAAUCAAUCAUUGACUGAUCAUAAUACACGUUUACAAGCUGAUUUAGCAAAUAAUGAAAUACAACGGUCUGGACUUGAAUCACAAUUGAGAUUAUCAAAUUGGCCACAAGAAGGAAUAUCAAAUAAAGAAGAAGAAAUUGUUAGACAACUUAAUAAUGCUCAACGUGAUAGAAGUGAAAUGAGAAGUAAAGUUGAUGCACUUAAUGACAAAGUAAGACAGCUUGAAUGUGAUAAACGUAAUUUAGAGAGACAAUUAUCAUCAGCACGUGCAAAUUGUGGACGUAGUAAAAGUUAUGAACGUCCAGAAAAAGCACAUAUUGAGUUAAUGGGUACAAGUGUUAGUAUUGAUAUACUUGAACAAGAAAAUCGUGAUUUACGAAUGAAAAUACGUAGAUUAGAAACAAUAUUAGCUGAAAAAGAAAGUGAAAUUGUUAAAUUAAUAACAAUAAAUACACAAUCACAUUCAACAAUUGAUUCAUCACGUGAACAUAGAAUUGCUGAAAUUGAAAGAUUAAGAGGUGCACAAUUACAAGCUGAAAAAUUACUUGAAGCUAGAGAACAAAGUCAUAGACAACAAAUAUUAAGAUUAGAAAAUCAAAUUAAAUUAUUAAGAGAACAGCUAAAUCAAGAAAUUAAAAGACGACAAAUGUAUGUAUUAAAAAGUUCACGUGCAGGAAGAGAAAUGCAACAUUUAAGACAAGCACUUGGUGAUUCAUUGAGAACAGUAUCACAAGAUCCAUCAGUUGAUGCUAUAUUAUUAGAACAUGAAGCUAGAAAAUUAGAUACAACAGUUAAUAGUAGCAGUAGUUUACCACCAACAUUGGCAUUACCACCACCAUCAUCAUCUUCUUAUGACAGACGUUCACCACUUUUAUCCCCAUUGAAAUAAGUUUUUUUUUUUUAUCAUCAAGCUACUCCUUAUUUAGUAUAAAAUAUUUAACUCAAGUAUUUUUAAUUUUUUUACAUUUUUUAAUAACAGUUUUUUUUUAAACAAUAAUUUUACACUAAUUUAUUUAUAGAAACAACCAAAGAAUGCAAUAUUUGUGAUGUUAGUUUAUUUGAUUUUUUACUUUUUUAAAUCAUUUAAUUUAUUAUUUAUUUAUUUAAAAUAUUUGUAAUAAUACUGAAAAGUAAUUAAACAAAUUAAAGCCAUUGAUUGAAUUAAUAAUAAUCCGUCCAAAUAAAUGAUAAAAAAAAAAAAAACAAUAUGUUGCGUUUGGUCUUGAUUACGAGACCAAAAACGUUAAUCAUAAAUAAUGCAUGAUAGUAAAGAAUGAGCUUUUUGAAGAAAAAACAAAAAUUCUAUUUACACAUUGAUAAAAAAUUUCUAGUAUCUAUUAAAUAAUUAGAAAAAUAAAAAUAGAAUAGAAAUUGUGUUAUUUUAUUUUUUAUUUUAAUUUAUGUAUGAAAAAUAAUUGGGAAUGACUGUGUCGGUUCUUAAUCAUUGAGAACAAAUGACAUCAAGUCUAAUUUUAUCAUAAAAAAUAAUAAUUAUACGGAUUGUAUAAU